AAUAUAAUAAGUUGAAACAUGGCCUCUAUCCUAAGAAAUUGAGAUAUUCAGAUAAGCCCAAUCCACCACUUUGGAAAGAUUAUGAUUUAAUCAAAACCAUGGAAGCAAUUGUGAAGGCAGAAGAUCAAGGGUACAUUUUAGAAGAUGAUUUGAUUAAAGCAAUUGGUUCUGAACAAGUUGAUUCACUUGUAGAUUAUAAUUUUUUGCACUGUCGACCAACCCCGCUAUUUGCUAAUGAUAUUGACUCACCAGAUGAUGAAAUAAUUUUAACUGCAAUGAACCAGCCAUCAAAAUCAGAUGUCCAACAGGUGACUGAUGACUUAAAUAUGCAAGAUUGUAGUGUAUCAGAGUCAAAUGCCAAUGCAUCAAUAGAUGACAGUUCAUUACAAGACUCUGUGAGUGAGUUAGUUGACAGUGUAAAUUCAAUGCCUAGAGGCACGUUGAAGAGGCAUCGGGACAAUAGUGAAGAGGCAACUCAAGAUAUACUCAAUACUAAUACAGAGAUUGACUGUUCUGAAACUGAGAAACAAAUUUACAUUCAGCUUUAUCCAGACAGUGAUCUCAUUGACUUACGACUGAAAUCACAGUUCUUGCAGCAAUUAUCUCCUGACACAAGGCUGGUGUAUCUGGAUGAAAUGGAUAGCAGGACAGAAUCUCUCAUUCCUCAGAAAAUCCAUGAAUUCCUUGUGACCUUUUUUUCUCAAAAUCUUUCAAGUUCUGAGUGGCAGCUCCAAGUGGAUGACCUUUGCUGUCCAGAUAGUAAUGAUGAGUUGAUGGUUGCAACUCUAAGAAUUCUAAGAAGGACACUGCCCAUUUUCAUAAAAGCAUUCUCAUUGGGUCCAGCAAAUCCAUUGCAAGAUCUCACCUCUAUUGAGAAGACUCACCUCAAUGCUUUUAUACACCCAUAUCUAGAAGCAGCACUUUGGCACAUUGCCACAAUUAAUUACAUGGCUGGAGAAAUUCCUUCAUGGAAUCAUGUCAAUCGCGAAUGUUCUGAUGGGGCAGGUUUCAUGACCACUGCAGACAAAUUUGAACUCAUCUAUGUUGAAGGUGCUAGGCUUGAUGCAAAAGCUGAUAAAGAAAUAGCAGAUGCUAAAAAGAUUGGAAGAAAUCUGAGGAAAAUGUAUGUCCACAUCGUGAAAGAACAUGUUCAUGCAUGA